CCUUCCUUCACCCUCCUUUUUUUCCCCUUGUCAAUUCCAUAUAAACAUGCCUCUGUUCCGUAGCCCUUGGUGGAAUAACCGGGAUCCUGCGUUUGUUUCUGCAGCAAGCGCGGCAGCAGCCGUAGCAUUGGCGUUGAUCAUUGCCUACAAACAGCAAAAGCGCAUAGCAGCUUCCAAACACCAUCCGGAAUAUAAAGAGAUUUCUUCACCUAAAGGAAGAUACCCUCUUUUUGGACAUCUUCUUUCCAUAAAGCCGGACGUGUCGCUGUCACAGCAGCUCACAGGCUGGCAUAAUGAAUUUAAUACUCCUAUCCUUCAACUUGAUAUGGGUAUUCAGAAAUGGAUUUCGCUUAACGACCCCAAGAUGGCUCAUGAAAUAUUUGUAACGAAUGGUGCCAUUGCGUCGUCCAGACCGAUUAUGGCAUUUACUUACAAAAACUAUGCACUGGGUGGAAAAGGUGUUGUUUUUACUAAGGCUGGUAAAAGCUGGCGAAACACCAGAAAGGCAGUGUUGACCAUUUUGGCGCCAAAAAUGGUGGACGGAUUUCGUGUUGCCAUCGAUCAAGAAGUCGACUAUCUCAUAGCCAACUUGACUAAAAAUUCGGACCCCACCACCGGUGUCAAUCCUGUCAAAUGCUUGCAACUUGCAUCCCUCAAUUUGAUUCUCGCAACGUGUUUUGCAAAACGUGCCAAGAGCAUUGAUGAUCCCCUGUUCAAGGAAAUUGUCCAAUAUGUUGAGGAUAGCGUUAGCUAUGGCAGUCCUGCUAAUGACCUUGCAGCAUACGUUCCAGUCAUGAAGGUCCUCGAUUUGUUUACAGGAAAGAAGAAAAAGGCAGAAGGUGAACGCUUGAUAGGAAUAAGAGAUACUCUCUUUAAAGCCAUGAUUAAGGAGGCCAAAGAGUCAAACACAGACUCAUUCAUCAAGACCCUGUACGAAAUUAAGGACGAGCAUGAGCUUGAUGACAAUGAUAUCAUGGUCACCAUGAGCGACUUGACCAUCGCUGGAACUGAUACGACAAGUGUCUCAUUAUCUUGGGCUUUUCUCAUUUUGAUGAACCGCCCUAACGUACAGAAAAAAAUACAUGCAGAGCUCGAUGCAUUUGUGGCGGAGCAUAACCGGGCUCCAACAUUUGACGAUCGAUCGCGUCUUCCAUAUCUUGUAGCUGUGCAAAAGGAAUGUAUGCGAUUCCGUAACAUUACCGAGAUUGGAAUGACGCACGUCACUGACGAGGAUAUCGAAUGUCAAGGAUAUAUCAUUCCCAAGGGUGCAAUCGUUAUGUGCAAUAUGAACGGUGUCCACUUGAAUUCCGAAGUAUUCCAUGAUCCAGAAGAAUUUAUUCCUGAACGAUUCCUGGACUCUCAGUCUACUAUGUAUGCUGCUGCUAACGGUCGAUUAGAAAACAGGGAUCAUUACCAAUUUGGAUGGGGAAGACGCAUUUGUCCAGGCAUUUAUCUCUCCGAGACCGAAAUGUUCAUUGCACUGAUCCGAGUUUUUGUCGGCUACUCACUUGAGCCACCUCUGGAUCAGCAAGGUCGGUCAAUUAAGCAAGAUGACUCGAAAGCUGUGAGUGCGGGUAUUGUAGUCACUCCUGCCCCAUACAACGUUCGCUUUGUUGAGCGCUCCGAACGUCCUCGUGGUAUUACGCCUGUAAACUAACAAUGAGCUUCCACGUGUAUUAAUGUAUAAUGUGAUCAAACGCUAUUAUCUCUAUGUACCCAAUACAGUAUAUCUUGUAUAUUAUGAUAAAGCUUCCAUGAAAUAGUUUUAUGUAUUCAUUUGCAUUGUUUAUCAUAUUCAAUCAAAUUCGUUAUACAGUACAG